UUACCUUCGCUUCAAAUUUUCUAUUGAAUUGCUACUAAACUUCUGCGGUUUCGUGCGGUUUGCGUUUUAAUCCAGACUUCAACAGCAGUUUCCAAGACCAAAAAUUAGAAAUUAAGAUGUCUUCAGACGAGGCUAUGAGUGUGGUGGGAAGUGAGGUAAUGCCCCUGGAGUAUGGUGGCAUGGAUUCGGAGACCAGUCCGUCUCCAACGAGUUCGGAGAGGACAGUGGAGGAGAGGGGAGAAGAAGUAGUAGUAGGGGAGGAAGAAGAGGAGAUUCCCUCAAACGUUUUAGAAUCUGGGGGUGGCGUGGAUGGGUGCUAUGACCCAGACUUAGAGAUAGUGUCUGAAGUGAGGGGGUAUGUGAGCGAGUUAGGUAGUAGGAGUAGUCUUGGGGGGUUAGUGGGAAACUGUAGCCUUCCCCACCAUGUCCUAAUCCGGCCGGCCGGGGUGAAUGAGAGGGCAUGCUCAGCACCCCGUGACCACUGGAUGCCCAUAUACCUGCACUAUUUGAUUGCAGGGCUUAGGUUUCCCAUUCCAGAAUUACUGGUUGGGUUGUUAUUAGAUUACAGCAUAGGAAUAACCCAGCUAACUCCCAAUGCCAUGAGGGUAGUAAUAGGUUUUCUUGUAUACUGCAGAGUUCGGGGGGUUGGGUUUCCAACUGUAAAUAUGUUCAAACAUUUUUUUAUUAUUAAGGCUGGGGGUAGAGGAGAGAAGGGAUGGUACCACUUCGGUCCUCGGUCGUCCAGCAAAGAGAAUAAGAAUUUAUUCUCUCCUGGACCGUCAUCCAUCAAAGGGUGGAAAGAAAAUUUCUUCUUUGUGGAUGACACCGAGUGGAGUAGGAGGGAUUCCGAAGUGGAACAGUUGUCUGCUUGGAAAGCGAAGAAAGCUAAGCAGAACAACUAUAAAUUAAAUGAGGAUGAGGCGGAAGAGGUGGAGAAGCUGGUGAGGGAGGAUGGAGACGUGGUGGACAUCUUAUACCUCACCAGUUCGCAGGCAAUAGAGGCUGCUGAGCUCUAUGGGCCAAGCUCAUUGAGCGAAGCUGAGAUGGAGGAGUUUACAAAUGCUGCUGGGGGCUUGCGCAUCCCUAAAAAGCCUAGGAAGAAGUCAAAGACUACAACUGCGGCUGAGAGGGAGGUGACAGGGCGAUUGACCAGCAGCUCUACCCAUGCUGUAGAGGUGCAUCCAAGGCCGGAGACUACCAUGGGUGGCAGUGAAGAGGUGAGUGGUGAGAUGGCACCUCUUCAGAGGAAGAAGAGGAGGGUGGCAGAGCUGGGAACUGAGGUGGUGGAGUUCGUACCCCAACCUUCUCCUCCAGAAGUCACUCCUGAACACGGGGGGAGAGGAGAGGUCGAAGUGCGAGGGUUUGAUGGGGGCAGGGAGCGCACCCCUCCGCACAUAUACCAGAAAAGUUUGUUUGAGGCGAAACACUUCCUCAACGCUACCCUUCCUGAGGUGGAUAGGAUGCGGGCGAAGGACGAGGUGGUUAGCCACGCAGGGUAUACCAUUGUGAGGCAUGCCUUGGAGACAAACGCUCUAGCGCAGGAGUAUGCAGAGAGCGUUAAAGAUCGUGCCAGCUUGCAAAGGCAGUGCGACCAAUUUCAAAGGGAGAAAGAUGAGCUGCAGAAGGAGAAGGUGGAGUGGGAGAAGCAGAAGAGGGAGAUGCAGAGGAGGCUGGAUGAAGUGCUCCCUUCAGUGACCGAGCUGCAGAACGAAAAUGACGUCCUAAGCACGAAGCUCGACCUCGAAGAACGUAAAAGGAAGAUCUGCGAGGAGAAGUUCGAGGCUCAGGACAAAUAUAUGGAUAAGAUGAGGAAAGCAGCUGUGGAGCUGAAGAAGAACGUGGACACGCUCGUUCACAAUGGGAUGGAGGAGCAUAUUGGCAACUUCCUCAACUCCGGCACCUUCAAAGACAUUCUCAAUCUCUACCGGCUGCCGACUGCAAUCGUGGCCUUCACCGAUUGUAGAAAGAAAGUGAAGGCCCAAUACCCAGAGGUGGACGUGACAACAGUCAUCUUUGGGGAACAAGAAGAAGGGGUGGAGGAAGAUGGGGAGAGCCUCUGUGCUGACUUCCUACCUCAGAUAACUCUGAAGUGGGAGCGUGAUGCAGAGGGGCGCACUAUUUUUCCUCCAGCCUAUGACGCUGAGUUGGUGGCCGUGGAGGGAGAAGAAGAAGAAGAAGAAGAAGAAGCGCCAGGCGCCGGAGUUGGGGAUCAGGCAGCUCCAGUCGAAGUGCAGCCUCCUGAAGUGCACCCAGUCUCGUCUGACGAAGUGCAGACGUUGGCCCCUGGUGAAGCAGAACAGUUCGACUCGUAGUUCUGUAUGCCCAGAGGACGUUGUUGAGCUCGUCUGCCCAUUUGGCCUUGUGUUGUUCCAGCCUUGGCUUGAUACCUU